UGUGACGGCGUGCUAUAACAAGGCUGACGGGCCAGUUAGUCGUUUCACUCCAAAUCUCACGUCGACACCUUAAGAGUCUCAGUGAGCUAGGACAGUUAUUUUGUUAAAACUUCGUUUUGUGUUGUUGUUUUUUUACUCUUCAUAAACAAUCAUGCGUGAGUGUAUCUCUAUCCACGUUGGUCAAGCUGGAGUCCAGAUAGGCAAUGCCUGCUGGGAGCUUUACUGUCUUGAGCACGGCAUUCAGCCGGAUGGUCAGAUGCCGUCAGACAAAACCAUCGGAGGUGGAGACGACUCCUUCAAUACCUUCUUCAGCGAGACAGGGGCCGGAAAACACGUUCCCCGCGCCGUCUUUGUGGAUCUCGAGCCAACAGUCAUCGAUGAGGUUCGAACUGGUACCUAUCGCCAGCUCUUCCAUCCCGAGCAGCUGAUCACAGGCAAGGAGGAUGCCGCCAACAACUACGCUAGAGGUCACUACACCAUCGGUAAAGAAAUCGUCGACCUCGUUCUUGACCGCAUCAGGAAGCUAGCUGACCAGUGUACUGGACUCCAGGGGUUUCUCAUCUUCCACUCUUUUGGAGGCGGCACCGGGUCUGGGUUCACCUCCUUGUUGAUGGAGAGGUUGUCUGUUGACUAUGGCAAGAAGUCUAAAUUGGAAUUCGCAAUCUAUCCUGCUCCUCAGGUUUCAACAGCUGUUGUCGAGCCCUACAACUCCAUCUUGACCACUCACACUACAUUGGAACACUCAGACUGCGCCUUCAUGGUGGACAACGAGGCCAUCUACGACAUCUGCCGCCGUAACCUUGACAUUGAGCGCCCCACCUACACCAACUUGAACCGCCUCAUAGGCCAGAUUGUCUCCUCCAUCACUGCUUCCCUCAGGUUUGAUGGCGCCCUCAACGUAGACCUCACAGAGUUCCAGACCAACUUGGUGCCUUAUCCACGUAUCCACUUCCCACUGGCCACCUACGCACCUGUCAUCUCAGCUGAGAAGGCUUAUCAUGAACAGCUGUCAGUGGCUGAGAUCACCAACGCCUGCUUUGAGCCAGCCAAUCAGAUGGUCAAGUGUGACCCACGUCAUGGCAAGUACAUGGCCUGCUGUAUGUUGUACAGAGGUGAUGUUGUCCCCAAAGAUGUCAAUGCUGCCAUUGCCACCAUCAAGACCAAGAGAACCAUCCAGUUUGUUGACUGGUGUCCAACUGGCUUCAAGGUGGGUAUCAACUACCAACCCCCAACUGUUGUACCAGGAGGUGACCUGGCCAAAGUCCAGCGUGCAGUCUGCAUGUUGAGCAACACCACAGCCAUAGCCGAGGCCUGGGCAAGACUUGACCAUAAGUUUGACUUGAUGUAUGCUAAACGUGCUUUCGUUCACUGGUAUGUGGGUGAAGGUAUGGAGGAAGGUGAGUUCUCGGAGGCUCGUGAGGACUUGGCUGCCCUGGAGAAAGACUACGAGGAGGUUGGUGUGGACUCUGUGCAGGGUGAAGGGGAGGAGGAAGGAGAGGAGUACUAAAAACUACUAAAUUGAAUACUUAACACAUGAACAUUCCAACAUCUGAACAGCAUACAUCUAAACACCCAACACCUGAUUACCCAACAUUUAACCACCCAACACCUAACUCACGAUCAUCCAACAUCUAAACAUCUAACAUUUGAAUACCCAUCAACUGAUCACCUCCACCUAACCACCCAACGUUCAACACCUUAUCACCAAACAUCAUUACGCCUACAUAUUAAUCAAACUGUGUAAUUAAGGAUCAGUUAUUAACUAAAUGAAAAAGGAGGUUAAAAAGCUUGCCAGAUUUCUGUAUAUUUAAAAAAAAACACUAACAACGAAAAACGUGUAAUUAAAUGUGAGAAAAAAUAAAGAAGAAUCAAUACUGA